AUGAAGUUUCUUGAUACCAACAAAGUCCUUCAGACUUUGGCUACAUUGUCCGCAUUUCUUCCUACAGCUCUAUCAGCACCAGCAAGCAAAAUCAACUCUCGACUGCCUUGCCAGGCCGGCGUCCUCUCAGCUUGUCCCCACCACACAAUCAUCGUCUCAAAGGAAAACACUUCCUCUUCUUCCAAGCACGCACAGUUCACCUCAAUCCAAUCCGCCAUUCUCUCUCUUCCCCAUGACAAUUCAUCAGCCACAAUCUUUAUCCGCGCCGGCAGCUAUACCGAACAAUUGAACAUUACUCGCCCGGGCCCCGUCACUCUCCUCGGUGAGACAAGCCACCCAUUAAAUGCUAGCGAGAAUCAAGUCACCGUCUAUUGGAGUGCAGCAAACAAUGCCACUUAUCUAGACAAUGCAUUUACUAGUGUAUUAACUGUAGCACCGACGCAGAAUGCCUCUCUCACCGGUGCUGGCCCAACGGGAUGGCCUGUUCCGGUCGACACGCCGUAUGGCAGUACCGACUUCAGGGUUUAUAACAUCGAUUUCAGAAAUGUGUUCUCCGAGUACUCUUCUGGACCAUCGCUGGCUGUCAGCGUAAGCUAUGCGAAUGCCGGGUUUUACUACUCUGGUUUCUAUUCUUAUCAGGAUACGGUAUACAUCGGCAAACUCGGCAACGCCUACUUCUACGACUCCAUCAUCGCCGGCCAGACCGAUUUCAUGUAUGGUUUCGGCACAGCAUGGUUCCAAUCCUGCGCUUUACAACUCCGUUCUUGCGGUGGUGGUAUUACAGCCUGGAAAGGCACAAACACCACAUACGCCAACAAAUUCGGGGUCUACGUUGUCGAUUCCACCAUCAACGCUGCCAAUACCUCAAUCGCUGCAACGAUUAAAGGUAAAUGUGCAUUGGGAAGACCCUGGAAUUCAAUGCAUAGGUCAAUCUUUGCGCGCACGUAUGAAGAUGCCAGUAUUCAGAGUAGUGGGUAUAAGGAUUGGGUGAAUAAAGGCGUUGAGAAUUAUACGCCGGGUGUGACGCUACAGGCGGAGUUUGAGUCGUAUGGGCCUGGAUGGAAUGAGACGGGACGUGUUGUCGGGGGUUGGGAUACGAUAUUGAAUCAGACUGUGUGGAAGGAGUAUGAUGAGCCUGCCAAGGUGUUUCAGUUUGGGUAUGUGGGCGGUGGGUUUGGGUAUGUUGACUGGAUUGAUCGCACGCCUUGGGCUUAG